AUGCAAUGGUCUCUCCCCGACUCGCCGGAUCCUCUCUUUGACACACCUCUGCCCUCCCUCAGGCCCGCCAACCUGCAGCCAGCGGCCGAGGUGGAGGUGGGCAGGCUGGUCCUCAAGGCGGCGGAGUGGUCGCCGCAGUCGCACGAGCUCUUCCCGGAGGCGGCUCGCAAGCGAGCGGUGGAGGUGAUGCAUCUGGGCUACCUGAUUGCAUGGGACGAGGAGCGCUUCGAUAGCCGCGAGGGAGCGGCUCCGGAGCUGGCGGACAUCUGGCGCGGCUUUGUGCUGCCAAGGGUGGUGGUGCGAUGA